AACAGCAAAUAUGUAAGAUUGUCCAAUGAUUUUUACGAUGAUAAGAUAAAUCAAUCGCAACGUAUAUCUGUUGUAAGGUGAUCCAAAUUGUUUUAACUAAUUGUGUUUGAUUGAAAAUUCUCGAAUGCUUCGUUAUAGUUAUUUUUCUGUACAUCGGAUUAUUUUUCUCUGAGGAAUGCAACAGUGACGUUUUAGGAUUUAUGUGCAAGAGGAUUGCUGAACUGUUUGUGGUAGUGGUUUACAUGCUCUGUCCACUCAUUUAUUAUGACUUCUUAUGCUAUCAAGUCCAUGCAUGUACAGAUCUGAAAUGAAUAACUGUUUGGCUAGUACAUAGUACAUCCUGUUUUAAUCCAAUGAAUGUUUUGUUAUUAUGUCGUUGUCUCACCCAUUGGCUUUUGAAUGCAAUUGGUGUCACAAUUGGCUGAUAAAUAAUUCAAUAUGACCUUUAUCUCCAAGAGCAGAAGUGGUAAUUGUAGAUGGCGUGAUCUGGUUUAGAGGAUUUUAUCAUAGAAAGUCUUUUUUCAUUAUGUAAGGCUUGAUAAAAAUGUCCAACAUUGAGAAAAAAGGUUAACAUCUGGUCGAUAGAUUUGUGAUACUAUCUCUGUAUCUUGUCGAAAUUGAGAAUUUAUUAUAUGUUUGGUCAUAAUAAUCUCAUGCAAAACAAAGAGUGUUGAUUCUGUUACGUCGCGCUGCACUUAUUUUUGUACAACCUAGUGAGUCCAGUAUAGAUAGAUAUGAGUUACCACUGAUUUCAUGCCUCUAACUGUGUUAUUCUAUAGGCCUAGCCUAUAAUAAAAAUACAUUUUUAUUUGCCUUUCUGUGAUGUUACAGUAUUUAUGAAUUAUUGAUAUUUUGAAUGUUUCAUGGCAUACUAAUUCCAUUGUGAAUUAGAAUACAUGACAAUUCUGUAUUGAUUCUGACAGUGUGGUUUAGAGCUAUACGUUGUCAUCUGGACCCAUGCUAUACAAUAUUACACGAGCUUAUUUUCUUAUGGAUUUAACGCUACAUGAUGAAUUUUAUUCGAAAAACUUGGAAUAGACUUACAGCAGGAAUUGUUAUAUUGUGGGAUAUGUAUGAUAAGAUAAAAGCGUCAACAAACAGUCAGGUUCUGUAAGAUCAAUAUGGGGAAGGAUAAGAAUGCUUCCUCUGUUUUGAGCGGAACUAGUUUCAGAAUGGAGGAUAUGAAUGCAAAAGAUGGUUAUGGUGAGGCGGAAGACUCUUCUACUGAUUCAAGCCACAUGGCAGAAAGAAGAGUUUUAUAUGUGAGAAGUGAUUUUCAAGAGAAAAAGUUUUGUGGCAAUAAAAUCAGUACUGGAAAAUACAAUUUUUUGACUUUUCUACCACGUUUCUUAUUUGAACAAUUUAGGAGAGCUGCAAAUAUUUUUUUCUUGAUUAUCGUUAUUCUACAGCAAAUUCCCGAUGUUUCACCUACAGGACGAUUCACCACAAUCGUUCCUCUCACAUUUAUUUUACUUGUUGCUGCUAUCAAAGAAAUUGUUGAAGAUUAUAAAAGGCAUCGAGCUGAUGACAAUGUAAAUAACAGGAAAAUUCUAAUAUUUCGAGAUGGUGAAUGGAGGGCCAUGAAAUGGACAAAGGUUGUUGUUGGUGAUGUUGUUAAAGUAAUCAACGGUCAAUUUUUUCCUGCUGAUCUCAUAUUGAUGUCAUCAAGCGAACCUCAAGCUAUGUGUUAUAUUGAAACAGCUAACUUAGAUGGAGAAACUAACUUGAAAAUUAGACAGGGAGUUCAACAAACUGGAAAUAUAACAACUAGUGAAGAACUUAACAAUUUUAAUGGGAAAGUGGAAUGUGAAGCUCCCAACAGACAUUUAUAUGAAUUCAAUGGCAAUCUACAAAUUGAGAAUGAACGACCUAUUGCAAUUGGUGGAGACCAAAUUCUUCUUAGAGGUGCAAUGUUGAGGAACACGCAAUGGGUAUUUGGUAUUGUCGUGUAUACAGGUCACGACACAAAACUAAUGAUGAAUGCAAAUCGAGCUCCUUUGAAAAUGUCCAACGUGGACAAAACAACUAAUAUGCAGAUUUGGUUUUUGAUGAUUAUACUUAUUGUCAUUUCAUUGACGUCUGCUAUAGGAAGUGAGAUAUGGAAGAAAACCAGUAAAAUUGAGAGCUGGUACCUCCCAGACGACGCACAUGGGGCUCGUCAUUUCUUUAUGGAAUUACUUACUUUUAUUAUUCUGUACAACAAUCUCGUUCCAAUAUCAUUGUUAGUUACUCUUGAAGUGGUGAAGUUUAUACAAGCAAUAUUUAUCAACUCUGACAUUGAGAUGUAUGAUCCAGAGUCGAAUACUCCAGCUAUGGCUCGAACAUCCAAUCUCAAUGAGGAACUCGGGCAAAUCAAAUAUAUAUUUUCUGAUAAGACAGGAACUUUAACAAGAAAUGUAAUGCUGUUUAGGAAAUGUACUGUCGCUGGUGUCAAAUAUGGCGAUAACAAUAAAGGAACAUCGGAUAUGGAUUAUUCUGAUGAUAUAGUGGAUGAAUCCAGAGAGGAAGAAAAUGAAGACAGUCAAUUUGCAUUCAAUGAUCCAGAAUUACUAAAGAACCUGCAUAAUGGGAAGCAAAGCGGUACAGCCAUCAGACACUUCCUCACACUAAUGUCGGUUUGUCACACUGUCGUUCCGGAAAAAGAUAGAAGGCCAAACACUCCUUCUGGCGUCCAGUAUCAGUCUUCAUCACCGGAUGAAAGUGCUCUUGUAAAAGCCGCUCAAAAAUUAGGAUUUGAGUUCACGGAGCGAACACCACAGACUGUUACGGUUGAUGUGCUUGGCACCAAAGAAACAUACGAUGUAUUGAAUGUAUUAGAAUUUACGAGCACCAGAAAACGAAUGUCUGUAAUUGUUCGUACACCGAAUGGAAAAAUUCGACUGAUGUGUAAAGGUGCUGACAAUGUAAUAUAUGAAAGGCUGGCGAAAGAUUCAGAGUACACAGACUCGACCACUAAACAUCUGGAAGAAUAUGCAUGUGAAGGUCUUCGUACAUUGUGCUUUGCAUACACUGACUUAGAUCCAACAGAAUAUGAGGAAUGGAAAGAGACUUGCUAUCAAGCUAGCAUCGCUAUUAAUGACCGAGAACAACGGUUAGAGGAAGCUUACGAAUUAAUUGAAAAAAAAUUACAUCUGGUCGGUGCUUCUGCCAUAGAGGAUAAAUUACAAGAAGGUGUUCCAGAUACUAUAUCAAAACUGUCAAAGGCGGAAAUCAAAAUUUGGGUUUUAACUGGAGAUAAACAAGAAACGGCGAUAAAUAUCGGAUAUUCGUGUCAUUUGUUAACAGACUCGAUGUCACUUGUUAUACUGGAUAAAAACGGUCUUGACGCAACAAGACAAACAAUCCGAAGCGAACUUGCAAAUAUAGGUACAGAUAAUAUUCGCAAAGAAAAUAAUAUUGGUCUGGUCGUCUCCGGGUCAACAUUGAAGCAUGCGUUAGCUUGCGAUACACAAAGUGACUUUUUAGAUCUUGCUCUCUCAUGCAAAGCAGUUAUUUGCUGUAGAGUGUCACCUAUGCAGAAAGCAGAAGUUGUAGAAUUGGUGAAAAAGCACUGUGAAGCUAUCACAUUAGCUAUAGGUGAUGGAGCUAAUGAUGUCAGUAUGAUUCAAGCUGCUCAUGUUGGUGUUGGUAUCAGUGGUCAGGAAGGAUUACAAGCUGCUAAUUCAUCUGAUUAUUCAAUUGCACAGUUCCGUUUUCUCAAAAGAUUGCUGCUUGUUCACGGAGCUUGGAACUAUAAUCGACUUGCGAAAUGCAUUCUAUUUUCAUUCUAUAAAAAUAUUUGUUUGUAUUUAAUAGAGUUUUGGUUUGCUUUUGUCAAUGGAUUUUCUGGUCAGAUUUUAUUUGAAAGAUGGACUAUUGCUCUGUACAAUGUUUUUUUCACUGCCUUGCCACCGUUCAGUCUUGGAUUGUUUGAAAGAACAUGCAGCAGUACCAGCAUGAUGAAACAUCCAGCACUUUAUUCAAUAUCACAACGUGCUGUAAAAUACAAUGCUCGUGUGUUCUGGACGAUGUUCCUUAAUUCAGUCAUUCAUUCUUUGUUGUUAUUUUUUCUGCCUUUACUUAUGUUAACUCAAGAUAUAGCUUUCAUAAAGGGAUGGACAGGAGGUUAUCUAUUUUUAGGAAAUUUUGUUUAUACUUAUGUUGUUAUCACGGUGUCUCUGAAAGCUGCUCUUGAAUCUAACACAUGGACUGUUUUUACACAUGUAGCUAUAUGGGGAAGCAUAUUAUUUUGGUUCGUUUUCUUUGGUGUAUACUCUCAUUUCUAUCCUGUGUUUCCGAUCGCCAGUGAAAUGCUCGGACAAGCAGACAUGGUUCUUAGUUGUCCGUUAUUCUGGAUCGGACUUCUGCUGCUACCUCUCACUGUUUUGAUGAGAGAUUUACUUUGGAAAGUGCUUAGAAGAACAUUGCGUAAGACGAUAGUUGAAGAAGUCCAGGAAUUGGAAAGAAAACAUUUCAAUCCGAGAAUGAAUAUUUUAGAACAAGCACGUUACAGCUUGACAGAAAAAGCUCAUUUGUUGCGAAACAUGUUCGGCACACAUUUGCGUAGAGAAGGUUCGCAAUCAAGUGCGGAAUCUCACGAACUCCCUUCGACAUCAAGAGAUGAUCGGUACAUAUCGCCGCAACAUAGUCAUCAUCAUGGAUUUGCGUUUUCGCAAGAAGAGCGAGGCGUCGUUACGCAAUCUCAGCUUAUUAGAAGUUAUGACUCCACUGCUGAUAAACCUUUAGGAAAAUAACAUUGACAUUGUUUUUUAAGUUAGUUUUUUGUUAUUUUUCUUUAAAUUUUUUUGAAAUUUUUUGUAGCUUAUUAAAUGUGCAACUCGUGUAUGAUAAUAUAAAGAGAAUCAAAUGAAGCUUCAGCAUAAGUUCCACCACUUCUAAGCAUUCCUAUGUGGCAUUGAUAUAUAACUGCACCAGGCCCCAACCCCAGAAGCUUUCUAUACCUGGUAUAGUUCUAAAGAUUAUUCUAUUUACUGUGAAUUGGCUGUAGUAUUUCUAAAAUUUUCAUUUACAAAAUCCUAUCACUUUCAGAUAUUCUAGGCUUCAAAAGUUUGGCGGUUUCCCUAAAGUUAGUAAUUUGAAAUCACAUUCUAUUUUUGGUAGCAGAUACUGCUUUUCACCAAGGUUUCAUAUGUCAUUAGUAUUUAUUAACAGGAAUCCACUUUGUUUGCUUCUUAUUGUAUUUGUGUAUGAAAUAUAUAUUGAAUAAUUAUAUAAAUUAUUAUAUAAAAAAUCAUAUAGUCGUUUAAGAAUACACCCCCAGUAAAGUCAACAUUCACACAUUAUACUUUGAUUUUCGUGUUGAUGCUUAAUCAUACAAGCAAAAAUUCAUAAAUGCAGCCAAUCUUCAUUUAUAUAUGUAUACAUCUGUAAUGGAUUAGAUUUAAAUGAAUUGAACUAUCGUUAUAUUAUUUUCAUAAGUUCAAACUAUAGCAUUCAUACGGUAGAUUGUUCCUUUAUAUCAGUGGCUCUCGAACCGCGGCCUACGGGCCAAUUACGGCACGUAUAAUUAAGAUACCAAUAUAAUUAAAUUGAUAUGAAUAUACACAUGCUUAAACUGUGAUAAUGACGUAACAAUGCCGCAUCAAGAAUGCAAAAAAGUAAAACCAUGAAAAUGGUAAACUUUUUUACUCUAGUUCGGCAGGGACAUAUGAAAAAACAGAAUUGGUCUGCAGGGCCACGGUUUGGAAACCACUGGUUAAGAUAUUCAUGGUAUAUCUUAUCGGGUAAAUAUCUCUCGUUAAAUAAUUUUUGAUAUAUUUUAUAUUGCUAUAGUCUUUACUUCAUCUAUGUGUUUUUUCAUUGGAAAUCAUAUCUCACAUACACUCAUAUUUCAUUUUAUGUUAUUCUGUUAUGCAGAUGUGUUCCAUUUUCAAUCUUUUAUUUGAACAAUGCCCUGAGAAGCAGAAAAUAAUUUGUAGUGAUUAUGCGUACAUAGUGGGCUAGAUCUCCAUUGAAGUUGGUGUACACCAGAAAUUGUAGUAGUUUUCUUAUAGAAAAUCAGAAUUGACACAUUUUUUUGCUCUAUUAUCAGUAUCAAUUUAACAGUUAAGGUUUUUGUUGUUAGGACAGUUAAUUACUUUUAACCAGCAUUUUCAUAUUUGGAUUGCGUGAUAGAUGCCGAGUGUUAAUGUGCUACCAUAAUAUUGCGUUUCUUUGUGUUUCGAAACAUGACUUUGCUUUUAUAUUGAUAAGAUUGUUUGUUUUUAUAUCACUCGUACUUCUGUUAAUUGUAUCACAGUAUAUUUGUUUUGUUAUUAUUUUCGAAAGUAUAAAAAGGCUUCAUCUCUUAUGUU